AUGGCCAGCAAUUCCAAAAAGAAGAAUAUAGGAAGUCAGUACAGGAUGCUUUUUAAUCUUGGCUGGGGUUCAUUUGGCACUGUGAAACUGGCCUGUCAUGUGAAAACCGAGGCACUGGUUGCCAUUAAAACGGUAGAGCUCAACAAGAGGAACAUCAAGGGGAUCCUUGCAGAAAAAACAGCGUUGGAGACACUGCACCAUCCUAACAUCGUCUGCCUCUACCAGGUAAUGGUUACACCGAGACACGUUAACUUUGUCACCGAAUAUAUUCCGGGAGGAAGCUUGUAUGAAAUCAUAAAGAAGGAUGGCCCGAUGAAGGAGGAGGAGGCAAGGAAAAUAUUCGGGCAGGUAGUGUCAGCUGUAAAAUACUGCCACAGCCUUGAUGUUGUCCAUCUUGAUAUAAAACCACAAAAUGUACUCCGGGAUGAGGUGGGUAAUGUAAAACUGAUAGACUUUGGGCUGGCCACCAAGUGCAGACCUGGCACAUUACUAAAUCGGUACUGUGGGACUAGGAGCUGUUUAUCCCCAGAGAUUGCACUAAGGGUGGAAUAUGAUGGAAAGAAGUCCGAUGUGUGGAGUUUGGGAGUGCUACUAUAUUUUAUUACUAUUGGACACUACCCCUUCUGGGGAACAACGGUGAAGGAGGUGGAAGAGAAGAUCACAACAGGGACCUAUGACAUUCCAUCUCAUGUCCCUGGGCAACUAGAAAACCUAAUCCAUCAAUUGCUCACAGUUUCCCCAGAGAUGAGGCCCUCCAUAGAAAACAUUGAGAAACAUCCAUGGGUGGUAAAGUGUGAGGUAGACAUUCCAACUGAGAUCAAUCCAGAUUACAACAUCAUAGACAGGCUCUGUGGCAUGGGAUUUGAUGCAAAUGAGAUUAUAGAAUCACUGCACAACAAAAUAUACAACGAACCCAUGGCGGCAUAUUUAAUUAUUAAAGCCCAGGUAGAGAAGAGGCAUGAGGAUACUUCUACUGCUUCGUUUGAAACUGCUGAUCAGUGCCCUACACCACCCCCUUUACCAGCACAUCCCUCUACCUCUGGGCUUCCCCUAAAGAAAAGGGCCAGUGAGCCCAACUUUAGCCUCCUCCACAUCCAGCCCUCAAGAAAGCAAGUGCCUGUUGCCCUGACACGAUCUCAACACAAUGUGGCCAGAAGUGUCUCCAUGCCUCCCAUUUCUCUAGAAUAUCCAGAGAAUAAGACCAGCAGCACUUCCACCUGUGCCCUCUAUUACGGAGCUGUGGCUGCCCCAAGUGUCUGUAACAUCAUAGAGGAGGAUGAAUUGAAUGUGCCACCUGAGCAAGAGUUUGACAUAAAAACACCAUCGCCUCCUAAGAAGACCGGGCGCUUUAAGAGAGUCACUAAGAGAAUCAGGGCGUGCCUAUCAAGGCUUUGCUGUUUCCCCUGUGCUCGAAAGAAAAAGACCCAGCAUACAUCCUCCAAGGAAGUGGCUCCCCUGAAAGAGGCAGGAGGCAGAACACAAUAA